GCUCCGGUGCUGCAGCGGCCCGGGCUGGAGGACGUGUCCGAGGAGGAGGACGUGUUCGCGGGGGACGGGAGCCUCAGGAUCCCGCGGGAGCCCAACUACUACCAGCUGCCUAGAGAGACGGAGGUGAGGGCCGCGAAGGAGGACGAGGGCCACAUGACCAUGUCCCGGAUGGAGGCGGAGUUCAUCCAGCUGAACCUCAGGAAGCAAGUGUCCUACAGGAAAGCGAUCUCCAAGUCUGGCCUGCACCAUCUGCCCUGUCAACCCAGCACAUCAUCUCUGAACAGGACUGACCCAGAAACAAGUAUCCGCAGUACUCUGGACUGGACUGAAUCGGCCGUGUUUGGAGAUCACAUCUGGUUUGAGACGAAUGCGUCCGGUGAUUACUGUUACGUGGGAGAACAGCAUUGUAUUGCCAGAGCACUGCAAAAGUCGGUCAGUCGAAGGAAGUGUUCCGCCUGCAAAAUCGUCGCCCACACCAUCUGUAUAGAACAACUGGAGAAGUUUCCCAGCCCUAAGGCCAUUCUGUGGGAGGCCAGCCCGCCCCUCAGUGACCCCAGCUUUAGAAUAAACUUCAGGUGUAAACCAUCUUUCAGAGAAUCGGGCUCUAGGAACAUUCGAGAGCCCAUUGUGGUGCGUCAUCACUGGGUGCAUCGGAGACGGCAAGAAGGCAAAUGCAAACAAUGUGGGAAGGGCUUCCAGCAAAAGUUUGCUUUUCACAGCAAAGAGAUAGUCGCCAUCAGCUGCUCCUGGUGCAAACAGGCUUACCACAACAAGGUUUCCUGCUUCAUGCUGCAGCAGAUUGAGGAGGCUUGUCCAAUCGGAGCUCACGCUGCCCUCAUAGUUCCGCCCUCAUGGGUCAUCCGGGUCCGACGCAAUCAGUCGUCUAUGAAGUCAAGCAAGAAGAAGAAGAGAACGUCGUUCAAGAGGAAAAGCAGCAAGAAAGGGGCAGAGGAAGGACGUAUGUGGAGGCCUUUUAUUAUCCGACCCAUCCCCUCACCGCUGAUGAAGCCUCUGCUGGUGUUUGUCAACCCCAAGAGUGGAGGGAACCAGGGAACUAAGAUCAUGCAGUCCUUCAUGUGGUAUCUCAACCCAAGACAGGUGUUUGACCUGAGCCAAGGAGGACCAAAGGAAGGCCUGGAGCUGUAUCGUAAAGUCAACAACCUGAGGAUCAUGGCCUGUGGAGGAGAUGGCACUGUGGGCUGGAUCCUGUCUUGUCUCGACGAGCUGGCAAUAAACCCUCAGCCUCCUGUCUCCGUGCUGCCACUCGGGACAGGAAAUGACCUCGCUAGGACCCUCAACUGGGGAGGGGGCUACACAGACGAACCUCUGUCUAAGAUCCUGUCCCACGUUGAGGACGGCACCGUGGUCCAGCUGGACCGGUGGAAUCUGCAGGUGGAACCGAACCUCAGUGCAGCGGCUGAACUGGACGAACAACAAAGUGAUAAGCUUCCUCUAGAUGUUUUCAACAAUUACUUCAGUCUGGGAUUCGAUGCUCAUGUGACUCUAGAGUUCCAUGAAUCCAGAGAGGCCAACCCAGAGAAGUUUAACAGUCGAUUUAGGAAUAAGAUGUUCUAUGCUGGGACAGCGUUCUCAGAUUUCCUGAUGGGAAGCUCCAAAGACCUGUCUAAGCAUAUCAAAGUGGUGUGUGAUGGGACGGAUUUAACAUCGAAGGUUCAGGACUUGAAGCUGCAGUGUCUGGUCUUCCUCAACAUUCCCAGGUACUGUGCGGGCACGACACCGUGGGGGAAUCCCAGUGAGCAUCACGACUUUGAACCUCAACGCCACGACGACGGAUACAUCGAGGUCAUCGGAUUCACUAUGACGUCACUGGCUACUCUCCAAGUUGGCGGCCAUGGCGAGAGGUUGAACCAGUGCAGAGAAGUCACCCUCACUACCACUAAGCCUCUCCCAGUACAGGUGGACGGAGAACCGUGCAGACUGGCUCCCUCUGUCAUCCACAUCAGCCUCAGGAACCAGGCCAACAUGGUCCAGAAAACCAAACGACGGACCUCACUGCCACACCUCAACGAUCAGCAGCAGGUCCCUGAUAGGCUGAGGAUCAGAGUCAGCAGGAUCGGUAUGACCGACUAUGAGGCUCUGCACUACGACAAGGACAAACUACGGCAAGCAUCCAUUCCUCUGGGCCUGAUCGUGGUUCCUGGUGACAGUGACUUAGAAACCUGCCGAGAACACAUCCAGCGCCUGCAGGAGGAGGAGGCCGGCAAACCAAAGAUCCUCUCCUCGCAGAGGUUAUCUCCAAAGUGGUGUUUCCUUGACUCUACGACAGCGGAUCGUUUCUACAGGAUCGACAGAGCACAGGAACAUCUGAACUACGUAUCCGAAAUCUCCCAGGAAGAGCUUUUCAUCCUGGACCCUGAGCUCAUCAUCACCACGACCGUCGGCACCUCUCCCUCUGCCAGUCUGGACGUAGCGACCCCUGCCUCCAGCCUGGUGAACAGCGGUUGUUCUCAGAGGCAGCGAGUGAACAGCGACAGCUCCGCAGCCGAAGCUUUCGCUCUCAACGCGGCGCCCGUGGCCAGCAAACUCACCAGGGCCGGCUGCAUCCAUCGCUCCAACACCACUGCUGCCGAUUUUAAACCGAGACUGAGACGAGAGCAGAGCCAGAAGACGGAAGACACCGACGGAGCGAGAGAGAAAGAGAUGUUGAUUGAGUGCGUGAAGAACAAGGACGUGAAGGGGCUGCAGGAGCUGCACCUGAAGGGGGCGGACCUCACGGCGCUGGACCAAUCGGACUGCAGCUUGUUGCACCACGCCGUCAGCACGGGGAGCAAAGACACGGUCCGCUACAUCCUGGACAACGCUCCAAACGACCUGCUGGAUGUCACCGAAAAACUUCAUGGGGAGACUGUCCUCCACCGAGCUGCGUCCCUGUGCCACAGGACCAUCUGCCACUAUCUGGUGGAAGCGGGGGCGUCACUGAUGAAAACCGACCUGCAGGGCGACACGCCAAAGAACCGAGCAGAGAAGGCUCAGGACGCCGAGCUGGCAGCCUAUCUGGAGAACAGGCAGCAUUACCAGAUGAUACAGAGGGAGGACCAGGAGACGGCUGUUUGAAACUGUCAAACACUAUCAAUGAGCAGGGCAGAGAUGAAGAUGCUGUCGUCCUCCUCCUCCUCAUCUUCAUCACGAUGAGACUGAGGCUUCCACGUGUCAUUCCAGAGUGGAGGCCGAGGAGUGGGGGUGGACCAGAUCUGAUCCCAACAUGCGUUUACCGGAGAUUAUGGCAGAGAUGACAAAUGAUGACAGUGACAGUGACACAGAGCUUGUGUUGUUGAGGGUGAAGACGAAGAGAUUUAAAGUCCUUCCUCUUCUUUUUGAGCAGCUUGGUGAUAAAAAAAUCUUCAAGAAAGUCCGAGCCGCUCUGCCCGUGGACAGAAACUUGAUAGAAACUCUUUCAUCUCAAACUAUCUGCCAUGAAUUAAUGAUACUGCCGCGUUUGGUCGAGUUGCACCGUCUCACUUGUCUUCGCCGAGCCUCAUGAGCCUUAAAAAACCCAAACGCACCAAUCAAGAGUUUUUCUUUGGGGCGGAAUUAUCAAAUGAAUAGUGAGCGCAGCGAGAGACUGGAGGAGUUCACUGAAUAUCCAGCCUCUUGGGGAAACUUUAGAAGAAAGUGACGGGAAUAUCACAGGGUCAAAACCAGAAGGGUUCAUCCUCAGGGGGCCAUGAAUAUCCCUCGCAAAGUUCAGGUGAAUCAGAACCAAUGUAAUGGACCAAAGUGCUGACGUUUUGAUAUGAUGGGGACGAGUUCAGGAUCCCAUUAAUUCUGCCAUAGGAAGUGAAUAUUGGAAUGAAGCUGGUGGUUAUUUCCACUGAGCAUGAACCCGACCUUCAGUUGUGUUGUGAACCUGCUUUACUUCUUCAUCUUACCUCACCUACUCAACAAUAUCAUAUUGUACAUACUGAAUUUUGUUGACUAUGUUUGUCGACAUAUUGUAGAGAUGAUUAUUAUUUAUGUGUGUGUGUGUGUUUGUGGGAGGGGGGUGGGGUACAGCAAUGGAUCAAAUAGACAUUUCUGAUUAUGGUUGUUAAACUUGAGCAAACUAUACUUUGUUGUGCCAAACUUUAAAUCGUCGUAACAGUUAAAGAUAUAGUUCACAGAUAUGUACAACCAAAAUAACAAGUCCAUAUCAAUGCCGAUCUCCAUGUGGACACAGGAACUGAAAUGUUUGGAAAAGAAGGAAGAAGUUAAAUUCUGAAUUAGGGUUAGGGUUACACACACACACACACAUUCACACACUCUGCUCCGAGAUGCAAAACUCCGACGCGCUGCUGGGAAGAAAAGCAAAGCUGAGCAGCAAGUGAACCGACCUCCAACUCUUUAAUAGAUAUGGAAAAGAAAAAAAAAAGUUUCUAUGCGCCAAGAGUUUUGAGGGUUUGAUGAUAUUCCUUUUUUUUUGUACAGUGUAUUAUUAAAAACGUCUCUGACUUUGAUUCAACGCAGCGGCUGCCGAAGAAAAAACCAACUCCACCGACCUUUUCUUGUUUAGUUCUUCCUGUGGAAUUUAGCGUUUGAACCGUGUUGGUGUUUUCAGAUUAGUUUUGCUUUGACAGUAAACUCUUACAUGUUGUGCAUCGCAGCGAUUAAAGCACGAUAGGUCUUUUUUUAUUACAUCUGAGGCCCGAAUAAUAUUAAUGCUCUCAUGUUUAGGAUUCUGCUUUUUGUAAACAAGUUGUGAUAAAAUAAAUGGUUUUAAUUUUC